CUAAAUUCGCCUUUGCACUCCUUCAAAACAACACAAUAUUUUGAAACUUUGGCAAAGCGUAAGGUCUACAAAACUUUGUUCACUCUGUAUGUAACAGAUUUUAGUUUGGGGAAGAGAAAAUUGUAUUGAGAUGAAAUGUAAUCCAUCACGUUACAUCGUCUCCCACUGCAGAGUGGACUAAAUUUUGUAGUGAGUGGAAAAGCCAAGGGAAUGCUUUACAUUUAUACAUCCGGUGGAAUUUCUGUCUCAUUGUUCUAUCUGUGAAAUUCACACGUGUGAAUCACGAUAUGCUACAAACUUGAGCCGACUGCGAGCUGGGGUAGGCUAGGUCGUUUCACGUCUCAGGCCCUCGGAGGAAGCCGAUUGAGAGAGGGGUGAAUGUGCUGCUAAAAAAGGCAAAUCCAGGAGGCAAAUCCGGGGGAAACAGGCGAAUAUAAGGAAUGAUUCUACUCGUUCACAAAGAGACAGGCGUGAUUAGAAACGCAGUCCGAUCAAGAAUAGGUCUAUAAGCGUUCUGAGCUUUGAUCAAUGCUGGGAAUAAUAUUUAGAUGUUCAUCCGUAACUGAUUUCUUUAUUGUGUAUAAAAUACAUAAAUAGGCUAUAUAUAGUUAUUUUUAUUUAUUUUUUUACAAAUUAGGAAAAAUUACCGAGGUCCGGAUCUCGUCCUCAUACGUAGUUACAGCUCUGUGUGCAGGUUAUGCUUUUAAUAUGACUGAAGGCUCUACUACCGACUGAAGUGAUGUGCUCGCUUUCAACCACCAAUUUCACGACACUGUUUGUUUGCGCAUGGCCAGUCGCUCUCGAGGUCUUUCCGUCUCACUCGCAACCUGCAUCUUUGUACAAAAAAAAUCUUAGCACUGGUGCAUCAACACCUGGGGUGUUCAGCAAAAUAAUUAAGGGCGAAAUAAUUUAACGACAUGAGCAGAUCCACUGAAUGUCGAUGGAGUCUGUGAAUGCCGUAGAGCUCCAUGAAUUGGGGGAUGGGGACAAGCGCGCUGCCUGCGAGGCCGCUACAACUCCGGGACAGGGACAAGGACCCCGGACAGCGCCCAGAGCUGGAAUCGAGAACACGUCAUAUCAGGAAGAAGAGCACGAGAUGAGGUUCAGUGACCCAGCCAGCUCGACUGUUCAUCGUUCCAUGUCUAAUGAUAGGGGCUACCAGACACAACCCCAGCCUUUCCAGCGAAAUGAACUCUCACCCCGGUCUGAGGAGGGCCAUGUGACUGACUUCAAUGACCAUUCUGUCGACUAUGGGUUUAUAUCUGCCCUGGUGUUCUUGGUGGGUGGAAUAGUACUGGUAAUCAUUGCCUACACCAUCCCCCGAGAGGCUAAGGUCAACCCAGACCUGGUGUCAGCUCGUCAGAUGGAGAAACUGGAGAUGUACUACGCACAACUGGGCUCGCACCUCGACAAGUGUAUCAUAGCAGGCCUGGGACUGUUGACUCUAGGGGGGAUGCUCUUGUCCAUCUUGCUAAUGGUGUCCAUAUGCAAAGGUGAGCUGUACCGCCAGAGGACUUUUGUCCAACCCAGGAAGACGUACGGGUCGAUUCACCUGCGGAUGAGACAGUUGGGCGAGGGGGGAGAAUCUAUUGUUGAAUGUGAACCUAGUCACACUGGCACCACAGCUCCAGCCACAAGUACAGAUGGAACACAGAUGUCCAGUGGGACCCAACAGGAGUAGCACAAUCUGAGCACAUUUCUAUCCCCAGACUAUGUGAAGGGUUGUAAAUCAUUGCUUGAGGGGCUUUGUGAAAAGUGAAGCAAGCAAGGUAAGCUGAAUGUGGUUAAGACUACGAGCACAUCUGGAACUGCACAUCAUGUAUUGAUGGAUGUAGGAUCAAAUCAGAGACUGAGAUGGAUCUGUAUAGGCUAACUUGACAUGCUGUAAACAGAUGGCUAUCAGCUAUCAGCAUCUUUUCAAGACUUGAAUAUAUGUCUGGAUAAUAUAUGUAUCACAUUGUUAAUGAACAAAACAUGUACAAUAUGUAUAGGCCUACAAAUGCUGUUGUUGUUAUUAUUAUUAUCAUGUAAGGAUACAAUGCCUUAAAAAGUUAGUCGCUGUAAAUUGUGUACACAUAUGCUAACAUACUAAGCUCAUGUGAGCCAAUAAGCCAAGUUAAAUAUGUAGCAACUCACUGGAGCCACUUAACCUGUUGGUUGUUAUUAUAACGUGGUCUUGGCAAGAAUAUACAGCAGCACAAACAAAAACAUCUAAGCAAGUGAAAUGUUAGAUUUGCAUCAGAGGCUUUGGCCAGGUUUUUGCUGAAUUUAUGGAAAACAACAGAUUAUUUUAUUUCAUAAUGGUGUAGAAAUAUAUAUACCAAAUGUGGAGAACUGGCAACAACUUUUCCUCCAAAAUGUGUUAAGGAGAAUGUCCAUACACACACCAUCAUGCAAGGUCUUGACCAAAGAAAUGGGGUCAUAAUUAUAUACUAUAAUUGUCCCAGUUGUUUGCUACAAAUUUAGCCUUUAUCUUUAAAAAUACAUUAGAGCCAUUUGGUAACAUAGAUCAAAUAUCAGAGGAGUCCUUAUGAAACUUUGCAAUGGAAUAAUGGCGCUGGAAGAAUAAAUCUCUCUUUCUCCCCCCCCCCCCCCUCUCUUUUCAAAUCAGCAUGUUAAACAGCAGCAGCACAAUAUAUAUUUAUUUAUUAUAAAUAUCAAACAUUCGUGAUAAUGAAAUAUAUCGCCUCCAGAUGACAGUUAUUAUCCAAAUGAAAUAUUACUAUAGACCAAAUUAUUUGAUGCAAACCAAAGGCCUUUUCAAAUGAUUUAAUGGAGAAAGCUAAUCACUUAUAAAGAAAGUGGUAAGAAUAAAGUGCUAGUAUACAGAUUACGAUUUUCUUACCAUCCGGUGAUGCAUUACAUAUAGAGCAACUGAAUGAGACAAUUUAUAAGGCUCAGAAAGCAUAUUAAUGACUAAAAGCGAAGGCUCCUUUAACAUCAACUGAGGCUAAGCAUUUGUCAAUUUGUCUUCUCUUACAAUUCAACUGCGAAGUUGAUAUCCCGUCAGUGUAUGUAAUACAUGUAAUAGCCCAACAUAAAACCAAAUCUAAAUCAGAGUGUAUUAGUCACAUGCACAGGGUUGCAGAUGUGUUUGCAGGGUACAUUGAAAUUUGUAUGCUCAGAGCUCCAACAAUGCAGGUCAACGAGAAGUGAGUGAAACAAUACUAACAAAUAAUAAUAGUAAUAAUACGAAGUAAAAUCAUAUAAAAUCAUUCAAAUGCUGUGUUGUACACUCAUUGUUGGUCCAUAUUGGCAAGUGCACUUUUGGAAAAGAGAAGCACAUUUUCCUGGAAGAAAUGACAAAUGUCUGGCUUACUGCUAUUAGCCAUAUAUACUGUAAGUUAUGUAAAGGUGGCCGUUUGUUUUCAUUUUGAAUCAUGGAGUUAAUAUUAUAUUCACAACAAAUAUAGACAAUAUAUCAGAGAAUUAAGUUUACAGAUAUUUAACAACUAUUUCUAAACAGUGUAUAUACAGAACCAUUGUUGGGUCAAUGUAACGUAGAAAAUAUUUGACCUCCACAAUUGCUGCUGUUCACGUCAUAGGCCUACUCAUAAGUAUUGUACAUUGAUGAAACUUGCAGAGUACUCUAGCCGUAGAUAUCAGUUCAAGGUUUUAGGAGGCUUUUUCUUAUAAUGGUGUUUUCAACCAUCAAUAAAGUGUCUGUCUAUAGGUUACGACCAAGAGUAAUGUUGCAUUGCUUGUUAUUCAAACUGUUAAAAAGAGAGCUUACGUUGAAUGUCCAUGUUAAUCUGAUUGUGUUUGAUGAAUGUUAGGUAAUGUUGUAUUACUACAGAGAUGUUGGACUCAUAAAGGCCCUGCUAGUCUACGUUUUCAGUUAUUACACGUGAAUACAUACAUUUCACGUAUGCACAACUGGAAUACACUUCAAUACCUUCUCACUUAGUUUGGGUACCCGUCUGUUUUUGCCGUCAUGUCAAGGAGCAUGAAUGAAUGUAAACUAUCCCAAAAGGUGAACAACUGUGGCAUCACAAUAAUGCUCACAGUAUUCAUGUUAUGGCUGAUGCAAUACUGAUGUAUGUUGACAUUUGACGAUUGAAUGACGGUUAGCAUGAUAUCGUCUUCACAUUUUACACACA